UUUUAACGCACCCCUAAACCACGUGUUACGUUUCCAUAGUCACGUCACAUCGGCUCCACCAUGUUGUAGGAAAUCCACUGCUGCUCCUCACUCACUGUCAGAUUACAGUCUAAUCCGAGGAGGAAGAUAUACUCUCAAAACGCUGUCUGCAUCUUGGAAGGACUCUCGCUCAUUAUGCAUACUAAAUAAAGGCGACUUUACGUGCUACUGUCAUUUUUCUACAAUAAGAGGCCUGCAUCUAGAAGAUGAAACGCCAGUCUUCCGUUGCUGUCUUUGCCUGUCCGCCGACUUGCCAAUACGUUAAGAUGUUAGCUGGCUAACUAGCUGAAAAAGAGUAACUAAAUCGGAUUAGCUGCUAACGCCAACCUCCCUCUAGGUAAUAUCCAGGUAGUAUUUGCUAUACUUGAUAACUAUCACACAGCAGUCGCCUCUAUUUUUAUGUUACUUGCAAUUCUACAAUUUUCUUUGCAUAACUAGUUUAUGUUUUAACCUUAUUUAUUCGCUAGAAUAAAUGUUGCUGCAAGCUAGCUAGGUUAUUAGCGAGUCAACCCGAUCAAGAGCCGGAGCACCUUCGCUAGCUAAUUUAUACUGUUUGUUGAAAAGCAAACAUAAAACUAGUGCCUCCGACCACAACCGAAAGUCAAGACGGAGCUGACGGCUACACUGAUGUGCUAGCUUGUCCACGGGCUAGCUGGCAAGAGAGCAGUACAGGAUUUUCUCCCCUGUAAUUACCCCACAGACAAAGCAAAGAUGUCAGGAAAGGAUAAAGACAAAGACAAACAGGAGAAACAGUCCACAACAGAGCGGCUGAUAAAAGCUGUGCCAUACCCUCCACAACAUAAGCUAACUUUGAAAGAGCUAUUUGAAGAUGGUAAGCCCAACUCUGAGCUGCUCCGUAACCACCUUGUCAAAGAAGGCAGGGUGGAAGAGGACGUGGCUCUAAAGAUCAUCAAUGAUGGGGCCAACAUCCUCCGCCAAGAGAAGUGCAUGCUGGAGGUGGAGGCACCUAUAACAGUAUGUGGUGAUGUCCAUGGCCAAUUCUUUGACCUUAUGAAGUUGUUUGAAGUGGGGGGAUCACCCAGUAACACACGGUAUCUCUUCCUCGGUGACUAUGUAGAUCGAGGAUACUUCAGUAUUGAGUGUGUUCUCUACCUCUGGUCGCUCAAGAUCAACCACCCCACCACACUCUUCCUACUGCGUGGGAACCACGAGUGCCGGCACCUCACAGAGUACUUCACCUUCAAACAGGAAUGUAAAAUUAAAUACUCUGAACGGGUGUAUGACGCCUGCAUGGAGGCCUUUGACUGCCUGCCCCUCGCUGCCCUGCUCAACCAACAGUUUCUGUGUGUUCAUGGCGGACUCUCACCAGAAAUCAACUGCCUAGAUGACAUAAGGAAAUUAGACAGGUUUAAAGAACCUCCAGCAUUUGGGCCGAUGUGUGACCUGAUUUGGGCUGACCCUGGUGAGGAUUACGGCAGUGAAAAGACAUCUGAACACUUCAACCACAACUCUGUCAGAGGCUGCUCUUACUUUUUCAGUUACUCAGCAGUGUGUGACUUUUUGGUAAAUAAUAACUUGCUGUCAGUAAUAAGAGCCCAUGAAGCACAGGAUGCAGGGUAUCGGAUGUACAGAAAAAGCCAGACCACAGGCUUCCCUUCAUUAAUCACAAUCUUUUCGGCUCCAAAUUACCUAGAUGUCUACAACAACAAAGCUGCUGUAUUAAAAUAUGAGAACAACGUGAUGAACAUCCGACAGUUCAACUGCUCACCCCACCCUUACUGGUUGCCCAACUUUAUGGAUGUCUUCACAUGGUCUUUGCCUUUUGUUGGAGAGAAGGUGACAGAGAUGCUGGUGAAUGUACUGAACAUUUGCUCUGACGAUGAGCUCAUGUCAGAGGGAGAUGACCUCUAUGAAGGAGGAACCACGGCGAUGCGUAAGGAGGUCAUCAGGAACAAGAUUCGCGCUGUGGGGAAAAUGGCCCGAGUCUUCUCAGUCCUCAGGGAGGAAAGCGAGAAUGUUUUAACACUCAAAGGCCUGACCCCAACUGGAACGCUUCCUCUGGGCGUGUUGUCAGGAGGAAAGCAGACCUUGCAGUCUGCUACGGUUGAGGCAGCUAAAGCAAAAGGCUUCUCUCCCACGAGGAAGAUUCGUAACUUUGAGGAGGCACGCGGCCUGGACAGGAUAAACGAGAGGAUGCCACCUCGCAAAGAUGGCCAGCAGCCUGACGGCACCACAAUCAAUGCCAACACCCCCAACAAGAAUGGCACUGAUGGAUAGGCAAUGAAAACACCACCCUCCAUUCUUCACACAACCCACACACAUCAUAGCCCCCAGGCACUCCCCCUCUCUCUUUCUGUCUCUCUCUUUCUGUCUCUCCCCCGCUCUGUCUGUCUCCUCUACUGAAACUGACUGUCCAUCUUCUGCUCAGCCACAGUCUGGCGAGGUAAAAUAAAAAAAAAAAAAAAAAGCAGAUCAAACAUAAGAAGGCCACAUUGCUGAGAAGAUACUUCCAGCUGCUGAAGAAAGACAAACAUAUGAUGUGUCAUCUGGGAGACAAACUAAUCUUAUUUAUUAAAGAUGAAGUAUAUUAGAUAUAUUAUAUAAUAGCAUUAAAUCAUUGAAUGAAGACAUUUUGCAGUUGUUCAAACGUAUACUGUACACUGAAGUCCUAACUUAUACAUGUCAAAGUUAUACAAAAGAGAAUUUUAUAAAUUUGAGUUGAUGCAGAUAGAUGAAACCCUUGCUAUCCAGGAGUUUUAGUCACUUUAAUUUUUUUAAAUUGUUGUUCUCCAGGUGUUUGGGAAGGUAAAAUUUGAAGUGCAAAUACUACAGUGUCAGCAUCCUCUUUUGGAUCUUGCUGGGUUCUUGUCGAGACAUUUUAGGCAUUGAGGUUCUAUGUACAGUGUAGUGUUUGCUUAUAUGCUUGUCAGUUGAAAGAUACAUUAUGUAUGUAUUGAGAGGCAGAAAAAGAAGUGGGGAGACAAUUAUAUCAGAACAGUUAUCACAAAUCAAUAUUUUGUACUUAAAACAGAACUACAUAAAGACUUAGAGUCUUAUUUAUACAUUUUUCCACAAAACUUUGGUGAAUGGAUUUUUGUUCAGUAUUUUCUUCACUUUCAGAGUAACAACAGUUUCUUCCUGUAUUAUUAUUAUUAUUAUUAUUAUUUGUGAAAGAAUCGGUUCAAGUGAAGGAUUAAUGCUUUGUGUGCAAUGAUAGUUACUGUCACUGGCUGUUCUGUGCUGGUUUUGACUGGUAUUCACUUCAUGGCAACUAGGACAUUCUGGCUCCGCUAUACUAAAAAGGGGAUGUAAAGUGCAGCAUGCAGUCAAUAGACCCGUCAAUACUCCCACAUCCUGGUUGGAAGCACUUCCUCUUCUCAGACACUGAAGCUAAGCUGCCCUCUCUCGGGGUUUAGUGUCACGCAUGGAGAUAAUGGCAUGAGAAACCAAUGGAAAAGAAGUUUUUUUUUUUCUCUUCAGUUGUUAGACCAAAAAAAGGACAUAUUUGCUCAGAAUGCAGAGGAACUGCUGACCACACUGUCCCGAAAACAGACUGGUGUUCAUUAUUGCUUAGGAAAUGUCAUCGUAUUUAACAGAUUUAUGGCAGUUUGAGUUGAUGUUUUAUUGUCAGACACUAAAAAAUACAGGCUGUGCUUCUGGGGCUUUCCUUUGUUUCUAAUGCUGUAUCAGUGUCUCCAUCUACUGUUGAUUAUACAGAAUGCACAUGUUCUUUUUUUUUUUUUUUUUUUUUUUAAAUUGCGAUAACCAUGCAUAUCAAAUAAGGGAAACAUUUGAAAUUCAGUGAAAUGACAGCAUUUUAUGAUGCUGUACCCAGACACAAUGAAGUGAGUCAUUCCCCUUGGCAGGGAUGAUGUUAUAAAAGGUACUGCCGCCACACUAACAGCUGUCUAUCAAGGCCUAACAGUACUGUAAUCAUCUCAAACAUGGCUGAUUCACACAUAUAUUUUUAUAACUUGUGGUCACACCAAGAUGAAGACCAUUAACGCGCUGCGAUAGCUGCUGGUGUGUUUAUGCUUAUCUACUCUGAAGAAUUCAGACAUCCACCUCUUCUCUGGUCUCAGCACCUCCACCUUCUCUUCACAGGCACUCCCAACCCUUUAAAACCUGCUUUCACUCGGACAUAAACUCAACUGGUGCUUCGACACACCUGACUGUAAUUCUGUUGUCUUUUUGUCACUCAAGAAAGGAGGACGAAACAAGCUUUAAGAUUUGCUGUUUUCUUGUGAAUACACCCACACACACUUUUUUAAAUGAGGCGUUUGCGCUCUUGUGCCAUGCCACCUUGGCCACACAUCAAGAUCUGUGUAUGUGUGUGUGUGUGUGUGUGUGUGUGUGUGUGUGUGUGUGUGUGUGUGUGGGUGGAUGGAUGGUGAACGGAGUCAAGCCAGGAGACUUUCAAUCACACAUGAUUAAAGGUUAAUUGUCAGUAACAUUAAUCUUGAUAUCUUUAAAAUUUCCAAAUUGUUGUUGUUUGCUGUUAUGUUCACUAGACUUCUGGGAGAACUUCCUAAACAUUAAGUAUUUCGGUUCACAUUCGUAACUGUGAUGUUAAAAUUUGUUUUAAAGAUAAGGCUUUGUUGGGUGAGCCAUACGGUAUACUGACCUCCUGUCAGGUCUUAUACAUAUCUCGCAGAAUGUAAAAAAACAUACUGUUCAUUGAAAAUCUUACUAUAGCUGUAAAAAGGGGUGAAAAAAACCCCAAUCUGUACCGUACUUGUCAUGCGAGGCCAUGAAAUCUUUUACGUAGAUGUAUCACUUGAAAGAAAAGAAUAAAAUUCAAAGUGUUUUAUUUGACACA